UUGUGAAAUUAAUUUUAAGAUGCCAAUGUGCGGAAAUGUUUGGUUUGAUAAUAUUAAAAAUUGUGCUUUGAUAAACUUUUUUGAAGACAAAUUAUUUGCUGAAUCGAACUUUGCCAAGGAUCGGAAUAAAAAGUUCCUCAUUCUUCUCGAUGGAUGUGCCAUUUGUCCUAGUGCUGCUGCUAAAAUAACUGGUUUACGAGUCACUCAUUUUGAGAAAGGAGGAAAUUGGUUAUCUCAUUGCGAUGACGAAUCUGAAUUUGAAGCUUUAAGUGUUAAAGAUUUGAAUAUUGGAGUAAAAUUAGGUGAAAAUAUAAAUUUGGGAAGUUCUUCAUUUUCUCUUCCUGUGAUUUUGACACAUCGAAUUUGCGGCCAAAUAUUCAGUAGUACAGUUCCUGACAAGACAUACACGAACAUUUAUCUUCAUAUAACACACAAGUUAUUUUAG